UGUGAACAUGUGACUGAAGGAACUGAUGGAACAGGAAGUGAAACCCUCCUCAACAGGAUCUACACUGAGCUCUACAUCACAGAGGGACACAGUGAAGAGGUCAAUACCCAACAUGAGGUGAGGCAGCUUGAGACCACUUCCAAGAAGAAGACCCUCCAGGACAUUCCAAUCAAGUGCCACCAGAUCUUUAAAGCCUUCCCCGACCGACAGGGACACAUCAGAGCAGUCCUGACAAGCGGCGUUGCCGGCGUUGGUAAAACCUUCUCGGUGCAGAAGUUCACUCUGGACUGGGCAGAGGGCUUGGAAAACCAAGAUGUCAGCCUGCUGGUUCUGCUCUCGUUCAGGGAGCUGAACCUGAUCAGACAUGAGCAGCACAGUCUUCUCACGCUGCUCCAUGUUUUCCAUCCAACCUUACAGAAGGUCACAGCAGAGGAGCUGGCUGUCUGUAAAGCUCUGUUCAUCUUUGACGGCCUGGAAGAAAGCAGACUUUCACUGGAUUUCAGCAGCAGGGAGGUUGUGUCCGAUGUCACCCAGGAGUCCUCGGUCAGCGUGCUGGUGACAAACCUCAUUCAGGGGAACCUUCUUCCCUCGGCUCUCGUCUGGAUCACUUCUCGACCAGCAGUGGCCAAUCAGAUCCCUCCGCUCCUGCUGGCUCAGACCAAGAGGAAGAAACACAAGUACGGUGAGGGACAUGGGACAAGUCCACUGGAGCUGACGGGGGCUGACAGGAAAGUUCUUCUGAAGCUAGGGAGGCUGGCGUUUGAACAUCUGGACAAAGGAAACAUCACGUUCUACCAAGAAGACCUGGAGCGGUGUGGUCUGGAUGUCUCAGAGGCCUUGGUGUAUUCAGGACUUUGUACAGAGAUCUUCAAAAGAGAGCAGGUGAUCUUUCAGAAAUCAGUCUACUGCUUUGUUCAUCUGAGCGUUCAGGAGUUUCUGGCUGCAGUCUACAUUUUUUAUUGUCACACAAACAAAGAUAAUGAGACACUUGAGAGUUUCCUGGGAAGACCCUGGGGUAGGUAUAGCAGCUCUUACCCAUCAUUAGAUGUUUUUCUAAGGAAAGCAAUAGAGAAGAGUAGAAAUGGCCACUUGGACGUUUGUGUUCGCUUCCUUCAUGGUCUUUCACUCGAGUCAAAUCAGAGACUUUUAGGAGGUCUGCUGGGCCCAACAGGCCACAGUCCAAAAAGCAUCCAGAAAGCAAUCCACAACCUAAAGGAGAUGAGUGCCUCUAACAUCUGUCCUGACAGAAGCAUCACCAUCUUCCACUGUCUGAUGGAGCUGAAUGAUCACACGGUGCACCAAGAAGUCUCAAAGUACCUCAAGUCAAAGAACAGAUCAGAGCAGACACUCAGUGAAAUCCACUGCUCAGCUCUGGCCUACAUGCUCCAGCUGUCAGGGGAGGUCCUGGAUGUGCUGGACAUGACGGCAUACAGGACGACACAGGAGGGACGACUUAGGCUGAUCCCAGUUGUCAGGAACUGCAGGAAGGCUCGACUUUCUGAAUGCCGACUCUCAGAGACUCACUGUGAAAUCUUGGCCUCGGCUCUGAAGUCCAGCCCCUCCCAUCUGAGAGAGCUGGACCUGAGUAACAACAAGCUGCAGGAGUCAGGAGUGGAGCUGCUGUCUGCUGGACUGGAGCAUCCAAACUGUAGACUGGAGACCCUGAGGUUAAGUGACUGCUGGCUGUUUGAGAGCUGCUGUGCUUCUCUGGCCUCGGCUCUGAAGUGCACCCCCUCCCAUCUGAGAGAACUGGACCUGAGUAACAACAAGCUGCAGGAGUCAGGAGUGGAGCUGCUGUCUGCUGGGCUGGAGAACCCAACCUGUAGACUGGAGACCCUGAGACUGAGUUUCUGCAGGUUGACAGACAGGAGCUGUGUUUUUCUGGCCUCGGCUCUGAAGUCCAACCCCUCCCAUCUCAAGGAACUCGACCUGAGGGAUCUGCAGGAGUCAGGAGUGGAGCUGCUGUCAGCAGGACUGGAGAGUCAGCAGUGUAGACUGGAGACCCUGAGGUAUAAUACACCUGGAAAUAUCCCGUCUUUAAUGAAAGAAGCUGAACCUGCACAAAGAAAGUUUUAUCAUGUUGACACGUUCAAGCAUAAAACUCUUCAGCAGCAGUCCAGACUAAAAUAAAGUUCUAACAGACAAAAACUGUCAGCAUGUCUUCUG